CUGAUAUAGCCAGGAGGUUGUCAGAGGUGGGGCAUAUUCUGGAGGGGACUCUAGAACUUGCUUUACUUGUUUACCAAAGUCCAUAUUUGUUGACCUUUCAGAUCGUGCUGCAAGGCCAGUUUGCCAUCUCAGACUUUCUGGAUAGGAGGAAUGAAUUGAUGCAGGAAGUACCCAGACAGAGGCUAGGAAACACCAUGCAUUUUAACUUGUGGACUGUACCAUUGAAAUAGGGAUUUUGCAUCCCAGCCCAGUAAGCAAUCUGGGUCAAGACUCAUGAGUAUCCGGAUAUGGUCAAGGAAAUUUCUAAGCUCGUGGGAUGCCUGGGGAUGUUAGGGGCAGUUGUUCAUUACUUCCCUGUGUGGCAGCCAGAUUCCUUCAGGAGCCAUGCUGCGGCCAACUUGCUGUAGGUAACAGAUUGAACAACCCGUUCCUACCUCAGACAAACAGGCUCCUUCCAAAGAUGGCACCUUCCCCAAUCUCAGGUCCUGCACAUCUCUUUAGGCUUGCUGGCAAGUGUUUCAGUUUUGUGGAAUCUACGUAUAAAUAUGAGUUCUGUCCUUUCAAUAAUGUCACUCAGCAUGAGCAGACCUUUCGGUGGAAUGCCUACAGUGGGAUUUUAGGUAUUUGGCAUGAAUGGGAAGUUUACAACAACACAUUUGUUGGCAUGUGGAUGAGAGAAGGGGAUUCAUGUGAAACCAAAAACAGAGAAACAAAGGUUCUUCUUAUUUGUGGAAAAAACAAUAAGUUGGCUCAUGUGUCUGAGCCGAGUACUUGUGUUUACUCUCUAACGUUUGAGACUCCUCUUGCUUGCCAUCCUCAUUCUCUUUUAGUUUAUCCAACACUGACUGAAGCCCUACGAAGGAAGUGGGAUGAAGCAGAGCAGUCUCUUUACGAUGAGCUAAUAACUGAACAGGGAUACAAAAAAUUGUUGAAGGAGAUUUUUGAGGAAGCAGGACUUUUAAGAGCAACAGAAGAAAAGGAGAUUGAGAAAAAAAAUAAAAAGCUAAAAAGUCUGGAAUUUGAAACAGUAGAGAAAUGCAAUAAGGAGUACAAGAAACUUUCUAAAGAAAUAAAAAGGCUUAAAGAUUUAUUAACUCAACAUGGUGUUGUGUAUGAAAGAAACACAGCUGAAAAUACAAGUGCUGAACACGUCAUUCAUAAAGUGGUGACUGCAAAGCCAAGUGUUCUGAAUGGUUCAAAGGCUAAUGAACACCUACGGGGAGACACAGGCAUUUGGAAUGACACCUUUUAAAGAAAUUUGUCUGACUGAUAAAUAUCAAGUUCAUAUAAACUAAAA